UUCAUUUUAUUUGAUAAACAAAGAUUUCAAAUAAAAAAAUGAUAAUUAAGUUUCGACCGAAUCUUUUCUUUCACUUUCGAAUUUUAUACGAAUUUUUUUAGAAAUUAAGGGGAUGUGAAAGGGAGAGAAGAAAAACUUGUGUACAAGUGAAGAAACUCACUGGAAUGGAUUCCCUUCAGAUGUCUUUUGAACUGCUGAAACAACAGCUUUAUAGACUCUAAAUGAUAUCGUCCCAGCCAGAACUGCAAGUGACAUGUAUGCGAUAACACUGAUUAGCGAGAACAUCGACAUAGCCACAAGGAUCGCCAAGACAGGCACGAAAACAGCUGCGGAUUUUUUAACAUCGCGCCAGUAAAUCAACGAUUCAACUAAAAGAAAAAAAAAUAAAAAUGA